AUUUAUAUAUAUUUUUUAAUAUCCUUUAUCUAUACCAACGUCAUCUCUGGCGGAAGCACUGGAGUUCUGGGAAAUGCGGACGGACGCAUAAUCGACGAGACCGAGCGAGCGAACACGAUAUGCAUAGCACGGAAAGCGAAGUUGGGGAAUGCGAGAGGCGCAUGUUAUUUUCGGAUGCUUUUAGGCGGACGGGUGCGCAUGGAGUCAGAUGCAUGUAUCAUGGGAUAUGGAUGUCUGCAUAUAGUAUGUUUUUUGGCAUGAUCUGUAUUUGUCGGACGAUGGAUGUCUUGACUACUGCUUUAUUUAUAUGGCCGAUGUGCUUAGAUAUAUACCUACCUACUUACCAAGGUACCUACUUAGUAUACCUUGUAAUAAUAAUAUCGAAUUAAGACUGGCUAUGUCGCGUUACUGGGGUCUUUUAUAAGGGUAUUUUGUAACUUGUUCUUACUAAUACAUAGGUACGGGAGGUAGGUAACUACAUGAUCGACUCGAGUCCAUUCCCCUAUUCCGUGGUUAGCCGCAGACACCA